AGUUCAGCUUCCGGCUUCGAAGCUUCCACAAGCCACAGAGCUUAAGCGCGCGCAUCCGGCGCAGCACCCGAAAAGUCCACAAACCAAACAAACCUUUGUGCGAUCGGGGCCGGCUCUCUGAAAACAAUGAAACGCGAGAAACUAGUGCGCGCGCGAACUGCAAGCUGACCGCAUGUGAAAACCCUUCCUCUUUGGUCUCGACGGCUGAAGAUUUAUCUGUUGUCCGGUGGUGCGCUUUGUUGCCGAUCGACCGUCGUUUUGCUCUUCUUCCGCGCCAGUGUGUGUGUGUGUGUAGUUGGCAGUUCCGCGCCAAAUCGUGGUGGUGUGCAAACACGGCGGUGCAGGUGGGCCAGCAGCCCGAGUGAAUAACAUUUCGGAACGGCGUGGUUUGUUGUUGUUUAUAAUUACCCAAUCGAAGGGCGCGCGAGCGUUCCGAAGGGUGCUGCAGUCGGUCAUCAGCUGUGGCAGAAGCAGGGGCUCGCGUUCACACGGUGACACCCCAACCAGCAGCGUUUAUUUGGGGGAAGGUGUUUGGCCUUUGAGACGCUGGUGCUGGUGUGUGGUCGUUUUGUUGCGUUUUGUUUUUUUUUUUCGCUUUGUUCUAUUUGUGGCCGUGUGUGCGAAAAAAAAGGGGUGCGAUAUUUUUAAAACAACCAAAACAAACCACCUUUCACAGCACGCACGCGCGUCCUCACAUGCAGUGUCGCUGAACGGUCGUCGUCACUGUUCGUGACCUUUGCAGAAGAAGACGCUGCUGCUCUUCGCUAAUGGUUGCAAAUUUUUGGCUGUUGUGAUCCCGACUGACCGCUCUACUACCCGCUCCCAGUUCGUCGUACGAUCGGAACAGUUCACAUCCCCCUGAGUGCAUAUCGGGGGAUAGUGGGGUGUUUUCGCUAGGUGCAUCUGCACCUGCCAGGCGCGUGGAAUAGUUCGUUCGCGGUCGUUGGAGACGCUGUUGCGCUUUGCCCAUCUAACUUUCACCGUCCAGGCGCGUCCAAGAUAACGAUAGUUGAUAACGCCUCAACCCAGAGGUGCCGACGCGCGCUUAACAAGAAGCGAAAACGUCAGCUAGUGUGUGCCCACAGGCUUGAAGAUAGUGUGUUUGUGUGUGUGUGUGUGCGGUACGUAACGCGGGACGGCGUAAUCGGAGAGGUUAACUGUCAUCUCCCGAGUCAAACGUCAUUCAAAAGCCGGCUUCUGGAAGUGUCCGUCGAAGGCAGCGCUAUCAGUGUAGCCUGAUCUAAUAAGUAUGGGCCGCUAACCAAUCGUCCGUCGUCCGGUACUGGUCCGUGCUGUGUGCUGCGAUCGCGCGGUGUGUAUAGUGUGGUUUUGAAAAUCUGCAUUCUCCUUCCGCGUGGUUUCGGUGUGGUCUGGCGUGUCUUUUCGCCUGCCUACCCUAGUGUCUAGUGUCGAUGAUUCGAAGCUGCCGUGGUAACUGGCUUCUGGUAACAUUCUGUGCCUGUGUGACUGUGUGAUCCUUUAAGGUGGCAGCAAUGGUGCAGCUAAUCAUGAAUCAUCACAUCGCACCGUACAGUAUACGGAUAAAACCGCAUGGACGCCUUUUCAACGAAACGUAGGCAACGUUACGCAACUGGCGGUGACUUUCACUCACCCACCCCAUAUUCUAAACAAGCGCAGCGAAGGAGAAAUAUUUUUUCCGAACAAGAGGUGUUCCGCAUGCUCGCCCCCCAACUGGAUCCAUUAGCGAGGCGCCACGAUCGCCAUAAUCGGGAAGAAUGGAUAUUAUCAGAGCGCCUGGAAAUAUUAAUAUUAAUGGUAGCGACGGCGGCAUCGGCAGCAGCAGUCUGGAGCCGCUGUUACGCAGCCCCCACGGGGCCAAAUCGAAGGACAAUAAUGGUGGGGCCGGUCUGCGGCAGCACAACUUCCCCGACGAGCAGCAGCAGCAGCAUCGGCAACCGGCCGGUGCCCGCAAUGGCCUAAAGGGGACGCCCGGUGGCCCGGUGGCCUCGGUUGGGACAGCGGUCCAGCAACAGCGCGCCACUCCAGCCCCGCCUCCCCAGUGCCCGUCGACCGAUUCGGGCAACAGUUCGUGUGUAAGCAGCGGCAGCAGCACCGGUGCCGGCGGCAGCAGUGUUAGUGGUGGUGGUGGUGGUAGUUGCAGCAGUGCUAGUGGUGCUUCCGGUGGUAGUGUAGUGGACGAACCAGAAACUAAAAAACCGCACCGAUCGUCACGUUCGCCGUCCGCGUCAUCGCUCAAGAAUUGCAACGUUUACGUAAACAGAACGUACGAUGACGAGGGUGCCGGUGCAGUGCGACGUGCUGCGGCCGGUUCGGCCGUUUCGAUUUCGAUCGACGAAGGAAUUGACGCAAGCGGGCCGGCCGGUGAGGCACCGCUUGCCAGUGAGGGGCUGGGCGGGGGGGAGCAGGAAGAGGAAGAGAUCAAACCACUGCUGGAGGUGGCGCACGAGCGCCGCAAGACGAAGAGCAUCGUGAAGAGCCCCUCGGAGCAUCAGAGCAUUGCUGGGGAGCGGCCGGUGCGUCAGCUGAGCCUGCAGUUCUCCCAGCCGGAGUCCGUCAUUGUGGCCGACCGUCCGGUGCAUCAUGUGCAGUUCCGGGGCGGCAGCAAGUACGCGAGUGUGGCUGCUACCGGCGGUGGUGGUGCAGCGGGUAAUGGGGCGGCGCCCGGGCUCGGUGCGGGAGGAGUCGAGCCGCACUGUUCCAGCCCGGUGGGCAGCAUCCUGUCGCACGGUUCGGCCACGUCGUCCUCCUCGUCCGGUUCGUCGUCGUCGUCGUCGUCCAACGAGAACAGCUCGCUGGGAGCGUACGCGGAAGCCCGCCCCCCGGACGGUGGCUGGGGCUGGGUGGUGUGCUUUGCCGCGUUCAUGGUGAACCUGAUCGCGGACGGUGUGACGUUCAGCUUCGGCGUGAUGUACAUCGAGCUGCUGGCGUACUUCGGCGAGGGCAAGGGCAAGACGGCCUGGGUUGGUUCGCUGUUUAUGGCGAUGCCGCUGCUGUGCGGGCCGGUCGCAUCGUUCCUGACCGAUCGGUACGGCUGCCGGAAGGUGACGAUCAUCGGUUCGAUCCUCGCCUCGAUCGGCUUCGCGCUGUCCGCGUACGCAACGUCGAUCGAGAUGCUGUACCUGACGUUCGGCAUACUGUCCGGCUUCGGGCUGAGCCUGUGCUACGUGGCCGCGGUAGUGAUCGUUGCGUACUACUUCGACAAAAAGCGUUCCUUCGCGACGGGACUGUCGGUGUGCGGUAGUGGCAUCGGCACGUUUGUGUUCGCGUCGCUCACGCAGAUCCUGCUGGACGAGUACGGGUGGCGCGGUACGACCCUCAUCCUUGCUGGCGUCUUCCUGAACAUGUGCCUGUGCGGACUGCUGAUGCGUGAUCUCGAAUGGACGACGCACAAGUCGAAGCAGAAGCGGCGCAAGCAACAGCAGCAGCAGCAGCAAGCUGAUUCGGUGAGCAACAGUACGAACACGGCCGGUGGUAACACGAGCGUGCUGAUGGGUAACGGUGGCAUCAUCGAUGGCGUGCCGGCGGCAGGGUUGGACGAUGCAGCGAACGAUCAUCUGUACGAUUUGGACGAUCCGCGGCUGUUCAGCUCGCUGAUCACGCUUCCGACGUACCUGCAGAACGGUAGCGGCCAGGACAAGCUCACGCUGGAGGUGCUGGCGAUGCUGAGCAAGCAGCACAACAUGCACGACCAUCACGUGCUGCAGAACCUGCCGGUGGCGCGCAUGGCCAGCUCGCACAGCUUCAGCCAGCCGCUUCAGUCGCCCCAGAGCGGCGAAAACUUGGCGGACGCGAAGGAGCAGGAUGGAGUCGCCCCGGCCGUGGUGGCAAACUAUGCCAAUGGCGAGCAGUCGCUGGAAGCGAAAGAUAACGGCAAGCAGCAGCAGCAGCAGCAGCAAGGACUAGAGAGCGAUGGCACCGUGGGGAUGGUGCAACCGUCGCGUCACCGAGCAGCCGGCGGGCAGCGGUCCGGUGCAAGGGGACGGCACGGGGAGGUGGCCGGCGGCGGCACCAGCUCGUACGAGCCGAGUACCGCUCUGCCGCCGCCCGUGUUUCUGCGGCGGGUGCACAGCCACAGCACGCGCGGUACGGCCGCCGCCCCGCACACGGCGGGGCCGUCACCGGCCGCCACCGCAUCCUACCUGAAGGAUCUGCGGAUGCACCGCCACUCGCUGACCUACCGUGGUGCUAUGCUGAACAUUCAGCGCUACCGGCUGCGGGCCUCCUCCUGCCCGGACAUCUACCGCAACUCGAUGACGACGAUCGCGAAGGAGAAGUCGGCCUGGUACGCGGGCGUGGAGGAGUUCCGAACACUGCUGGUCAGUAUUCUGGACUUCUCCUACUUCUCCGACGUGCACUACCUGCUGUUUGCCGUCUCGAACUUCCUGCUCUACACGUUCUACGACGUGCCGUACGUGUACCUCGGCGACAACGCGACGCAGAUGGGCUUUUCCCACACGCAGUCCUCGAUGCUGAUCGCCAUCAUCGGCAUACUGAACAUGGUGGGCGAGGUGGUGCUCGGAUGGAUGGGUGAUCGUAAGUCGGUCAAUGCCAACUAUACCUACGCCAUCUGUAUGGCACUGUGCGGCCUGGUGACGGCUCUCGUACCACUGUUCAAAGAUUACACGAGCCUUUCCGUGUUGGCUGGUGGAUUUGGACUGUUUAUAGCAGCAAACUAUUCGCUGACCAGUAUUAUUCUGGUGGAACUCAUCACGCUGGAACGUUUCACCAACGCGUACGGGUUGCUGCUGCUGGUGCAGGGUGUUGCCAAUCUCGUCGGUCCGCCACUGGCAGGCUGGAUAUCCGAUCUGACCAAUUCGUACGAUUUGGCAUUCUAUCUGGCCGGCUUUUUCAUAGUCAUCUCCGGUGCGCUGCUGCUAGUGCUGCCCACAAUACUGAAGGUGCGCAAGAUCGUGGACAAACGGCGGCGCAGCUCGGCCCUUGCCAAUGGCGAUAGCAUCAAGCUCAACAAGAAGGUAUCGUCGGCAAGCUAUCAGCAGCAAAACAAUAAUGUCGCCACGAAACCCGUCAUACUCGAUCUGAAAACCACGUUCGUGAGCAAUGGCAAGCGCAUCGUGACGGGAGUUGACGCCAAGAAUGGUUCCACCCCGAACGGGGUGAGCACGGGCGGCGGGCACGUGUUUGGGCUCAACGGCUACAAGCUGCCGAUCGAAGAGGGGGCCACGGUUUAAAGGCGUUGGCGGAUGGAUGGUACACUGUGCCCGGCUGUAAUCCCGUUGUAAUCGGUUUCUUCCAUAACAUUGUGAACGUAUGAGGGCUCGCAGAAAGCGUUGCUGCGUCGCGUUGGGCGUAGAGGAUGCGCACCAAUUUGGUGUGGACCGUGGACAAUUGGUAAAACGUUUAGAACCAUCGUAACCGUAAUAUUUGGAAACACACACAUAUACUUGAGUAGGAGGUUUUUUUGGGUCUCUUUAUUAUCUGUUUCUGUUUUCUACCUUGUCGGUAGGAUAAAUUUUGAAUGUACUAUUUGCGUUUCGUUCUUGUUAUUCGCUCGCGACACAGCCCCGCCCUUACAUAGCCACCCGCACGAUUGGUGGAUAAAUAUAUACCUCAGACUUUAUUCAUUUACUGUAAUAUCAAGCAAGUAAAACCUAUUAAACUCAAAACCAAAAAUAAGAA